UGCUGAACUCCGCGAACUUUGUUCUGUGUUUUGAUUGUGGAAUUUAGUUGUUAUCGUGUGGAUACCUCGUAUUUCUGAUAUUCUAAAAGGGACUGUGUGUUACAUAAGGGUUCACCCUUAAUUUGGCUUUGUGACGUGCAGUUUCACAUGAAAAUAAUUUUCAUCUGCAAGGAUGCCUAUUAGUGAAGAUACGCGCCGGGCGCUGCAGCUGCUGGAGAAGAUCCAGGUGAAGCUGAAGGACUCGGGAGAUCCGCGGCUUGACGAGGACCUCAACACGCUAAUCUCCGUGCUCGAGAGCCCCAUCUUCAGACAGAUCAUAACUCUGCAGGAGUCUGUGCAGGAGCUGAAGAGACAGGUGACGAGAGUGCCGAGCCUCAACCCGGAGGAUUUCGACAUCUCUCCCACCGGUGAGCUCAUCCUGUCACCCGUGAUAGCCAGCACUACUCCCUCCACCGACGAUGGCUACAACGACGGCGACACCUCGCAGCGCAAGGACCGCUUGACGACCCCACAGAGGGCAGCACAGUCGCCCGAACGUCGACAGCAGCAGCAGUCGCCUCCGCUCGUCGUCACUCAGCCGUCGUACGGCGUCGAGUUCCAGAAGGCGGUGGCGGCGGCCGCGUACGGUCGCGACGUGCUGCGCGUGCAGCUCAGCAAGUCCGACCACACCAGCCUCGGCUUCGGCGUCGUCGGACUCAAGUCGGAGCACCGCGGGGAGCUGGGCAUCUUCGUGCAGGACAUACAGCCAGGCGGGAUCGCGGCGAGGUAG